AUGUAUAUUUUGUGUUUUUUGUUUCUAGUUAUUUUGUGUUUGAUUACUUUGUCAGAAGCUUAUCCGUUAAAAAGCGAAAACAUAGAUUAUCUUGAAGCAUUGCGACGUAUGAAACAAAUUCCACAGUGGCAUUGCAUGCGAUACCGCCGCUUCCAACUUCACAGCCCUUGCAGUCGCUGGUGGCUAAUGAGGAGGCUCUGA